UUGGGUAAAACAUACCUUUGUUUGUUCACUCCCAAGAAGGAAACUUCCAAAAACCUCUCAGGCAUGGCAGCAGCUGCAGCCCCACCGCCUCCGCCUUCCGCCGCCCCCAUCACUCUACCGGAUUCCAAUCCUUCAGGCCAGCCACUCUUCACCCGCAUACGUCUCGCCACCGCGGAGGACGUUCCCCACAUCCACAAGCUCAUCCACCAAAUGGCCGUCUUCGAGCGCCUCACCGACCUCUUUCAUGCCACCCCCGCCGACCUUUCGGCCACCCUCUUUCCCCCAAAUCCGCCGCCUCCUUUCACUUCUUUCACCGUGUUCCUCCUCGAGCUCUCCUCCAUCCCUUUCCUAGCCACCGCCAACCCCCAUUUUCCCCCGCUCCUCAACUCCGUCCUCCUCGACCUUCCAAUAGACGAUCCCGAAAGAGAAUCGUUCAGAAGCAGAGCUAAUGAUGUCAAUAUUAUUGGAAAUGACGUGAUUGUUGGUGGGUUCGUUUUGUUUUUCCCCAACUAUUCUACCUUUCUGGCGAAACCCGGGUUUUAUAUCGAGGAUAUAUUUGUGAGGGAGUGUUAUAGGAGGAAGGGACUGGGGAAGAUGCUGCUGACGGCGGUGGCUGCUCAGGCGGCGAAAAUGGGGUACGGCCGAGUGGAGUGGGUGGUGCUCGAUUGGAAUGUGAAUGCCAUUACGUUUUAUGAGCAGAUGGGGGCGCAGAUAUUGCCGGAGUGGAGGAUUUGUAGGCUGAGUGGUGAAGUACUUCAGGCGUAUGCUCAUGUUAACCUCUGAUUCGAUUGCAAUGUCUGAUCGUGGUGAUUUCUGGUUGGUGGUAAAUUUUUGGGGUCGAAAUAAUGGGAAUGCUACAUGUUCAUGAAUGAUAAUGGUAUAUUGGUAGGAGUCCUGAUCUUGCUGAUGAAAAGGAUAUCGCCUUUUGGCAAAUGUUCAGUUGUAUAAUAAAAUCUUGUUGUAAUUUGGUACUUUCUUGUGUUGAACUGAGCUUCAUAUGCCAAUGUAACUUGCUGAUAUCUGAGUUUACACAAGUUAAUGGAUGCACCAUGAUUUCCUUUGUUUCAA